CCGUUCGUUCGUUCGCUCGCUCGUCGGAAUUUUCGUGUCGUGCGUAAAAGUUUGAUAUUUUGCUCUCGUAGUCCGUAGAUGUUGCGGUUCUUUUUAUCGUGAAGUGAAUCUGGUGUAAUUGUGCGUCCGUAUAAUUCGUGAAUUGCUCGGUAAGAAAAUCCUGCCGCGCGAAACGGGAAGUCGUCGCGAUUCGAAAUCCGCGACGACGAGAUUCCGCUCGGGGCGCGAGUGAGUGCAAAUAUUGUGUGCUGGAAUUCUGGACGGAAUUCCACAGCGAGAAGUGUAGGCAAAAAGCAGAGCAUAUCAAAUUUGUGUAUCAAAAGAAGAAAAUCUCCAGUGUGCUAGUGCGUUUUAGUGAUCAGAAGAGAAGAUGAGUGAAUCGAAUGGUGCUACGUCGGCUCCUUCGACGAAUGGAGCCGAGCCCUCCAGCACCGACAAACCCAGCACAAACGGUUCAUCGCCGUCGACAGAUCAACCGCCCCCGCCGGUAAAGCCGGCGGCGGCGAGUGGUAUUCCUGCCCCUGGCGCCAGCAAGGUCGGAGUCCGCUCGAUACCGAAACCGUCCGGUAUCAAGCCCCCGACGCUGAUGGCGUCGAUGUCGCUCAGCUCGUCGACCACUUCGUUGGCCAGCACCAGUUCGGCGGCACCGGUGACGGCCACAGCCAGCCGAAUUGGGCGGCCCUGCAUGGGACAUCACGCACCGAAGGCCGGUCCGCCUCCACAGGAAUCGAAAAACGAUUCUUCUUCGGAUACAACAGCCUCGAGCAGUCUGCUAGGCAGCAGGAUGAGACGACCAGGCGAUACCGACUACAGCAAGUCGCACCUGCCAGAUGUCGACGAAGAAAGCGAAACCGAUCUGGCGAACGAACGAACAUCGAGAUCUUCGAGAUCACCGGACUCCGGUUUCCGGAGCAAUCGGACGUCUCAGGACCGAAAAAUUUCUGGCACCUCGACCACCAGCGCCGGUUUGGACCUGUACUGGGAAGCAACCGGACGACGCAGAAGCUCAGAUCAAGGGGUUGUCCUGACAACCGACACGGACAGCUUCAUCAUCGGUCAGCGCGUAUGGGUCGGAGGCCUUCGACCGGGACACAUCGCGUACAUCGGCGAAACACAUUUUGCCCCCGGCGAUUGGGCCGGGGUGGUCCUGGACGAGCCCAAUGGGAAAAACGAUGGAUCCGUUUCCGGGAAGAGGUACUUUCAGUGUGAACCGAAGAAGGGCGUUUUUUCGCGGCUCACCCGGCUGACGCGAGAUCCAUUGCCGGGAGCGGCCAUGGGCGGAGGUUCGUCCAGUGCCGGCGAUACUUCGAUGGACCAGAGCCUGCGGUCGUUGACGUCCCCGGCUCGGUCCGGAGCGGUAUCGCCCACGCACAGUGUGUCGAGCUUUAUCUCGAAAUCGCCGGCCGCUGGAAAAGCAGCAACCUUGACCGUGGGUGACCGGGUAAUCGUAUCGUCCGGUUUCGGUUCUCGGCCAGGCAUCUUGAAGUACCUGGGCGAGACUCAGUUUGCCAGUGGAACUUGGUGCGGUGUUCAGCUGGACGAGGCCAGUGGCAAAAACGACGGAUCCGUUGAUGGAGUCAAAUACUUCGAAUGCCCGGACAAGUACGGCAUCUUCGUCCCGAUUGCCAAGGUCACACUGUCGCCCUCUUCCCGGAAAGCGCGCCUGUCCCGGUCCGGCUCGAAGGAAUCGCUGACGUCGGUGGGAACGAUGAGCUCGAUCGCAACCACGGCCACCUCCAGACUCCGCAUGAGCGCACAGAGAAAAUCAUCGAUCAGCGCAGUGCCUUCGACGCCCAAGUCUUCCUUCUCGCUACAGGACGUCCUCCGGGAGAAACAGAACCACAUCGAGCAGCUGAUGCGAGAGCGGGAAAUCGACCGGGAGGAAACCGCCAAUCAGACAAUCAUGUACCAAAAGAACGUGCAACAGCUGAAGGAUAAACUUGCCAAACUGGAAACGCAACUGGCGGAGGAAAAACGUCGCAACGAGGACCUACAGUUCAGCGUCGACGAGGUCACCUUCUGCGGGGAGGAACUCAACCGCAAAAUUCAAAAUUCGGUUCAUGCACAAACGCAAAUCUACAAAGAAAAGAUAGCGGACCUCGAGAAGCAGCUGGGCGAGAAGGGCAGCUCCGGAGCGGAACCGGAUCUUCCGGCCAGGGAUACAGUCGAUGCCACGUCCCAGCUGAACUUGGAAAUCGACAAGCUCAAAGCGGAGAUCCUCCAGCGGGACCAGAAGCUGCACCUGUCCGAGGAGUUGAAGCAUUCGCUCGAGAAUGAAAUCUCCAAGCUGCACGAACGGCUCGCCGAAACGGAGAAGAACCUGGACAUCAAGGAAUCGAGCUACAACAUCAGCGAGCAGUGUCUCAAGGAGAAGAUCGCCUAUCUGGAGGAUCGGAUCGAUGUGCUGGGUGUGGAGCUGACGGCCAAGGAUGCCGAACUGGAGAAACAAUACCUGGACAUGAAGAAUGCCGAGGGAGCGCUGGACGAGGAGGUGACACACCUGCAAAGCGAUCUACGAGCCAAGGAAUCGCUGGUUUUGGAGAAGGACAAGCAGAUCGAGAAACUGACGGGGGAGAUCAAGGGGCUGUUGAGUGACAUUCGCCAACGGGAUGUCAAGUUGCUUGAGGGUGAGAGUGGGUUGAAGACGGUGCUGGAGGAGAAGGACGGAGCGAUCGGUAAGCUAAAGAAGGAGUUGGAGGAAGUGAAGGUGAAGGAGGAGAAUGCGAAGGCGUUGGUCGAUGAACGAGACAAUAAGCUUGCGGAGUUGCAGGUCAGAAUUGUUGCAUCCGAGGAACAGAUCAAGAAGCUUGAAGAUAGCUUGAAAGAUGCCAAGAAGGCUGAACAAGCGUUGGAAGAGGCGAUCAAGGCUAAAGAGAAGAAUCUUCAAGAUAAGGAAACACUUCUAGCGAAAAUCCAAGAUGAUCUGAAAAACAGUUCAGCAGGAAGCGAACAACAGAUGGCGUUGCUGCGUUCGAAGGAGACAGAACUGGAGCAAAAGCAGCACGAGGUCGAAGCGAAGCAGUUCCAGAUAACCAACAUGGAAUCCACUGUCGCUGAGUUGACCAAAAAAUUGGAGGAAUCAGUCAAAGACAAAGAGACUCGCUUAGCCGAACUGCGCGCUAGCUUGGAGUUCGAAACAAAAACGAAGGAGGAUUUGCUAAACAAACUUGCCAACUAUGAGACUGAACAACUUGCCAAAGACAAACAGCUAGAGGACAACGAUGUUCUCAUCAGUGCGCUUCAGACCGAACUGAAGGAACUCAACGCGGCCAAAGCGAGUGUACAGCAGGAGCUAGAGGACACAACCAAGCGUUUCGCCGACAGGGACAGCGCUCUGGGUGAGCUGAACGAAGAACGAAUGCAGCUUAGUGAACAACUAGAAAAGACCAAGAAAGAAUCCGCUUCGGCGAUUUCCCUCCUGGAGGAACGUCUAAAGAACGCACAAAAGAUGUACGAGGAAGAUGUACAGAAAGCGAAGGAAGCACAAGAGGAAGCUCUCGCUGCAAAGGAUGCAAUCACCACCGAGCUGGAGGCUUCCCUAGACAAGCUACGCCAGGAAAAGACCGAACUUUUGCUUCAAUUGAAUCAAUCAGGGGCGACGCAGAAAUCAACAAGCGACGAGCUGACUUCCAAGCUCAAUGAAAAUCGUGAAUUGACCAAGCAGAUCGAAUCCCUUAGUGCGCAACUUUCCGCCAAAACGGAUACAAUCGACAAAAUAAACCAAUCGCUAUCAACCGCCAACGAAAAGGUCUCAUCCACCGAAACCAAGCUGAUUGAACUCCAGGAAGCAUUCGGAAAGCUAGAGAUCGAGCAGGCCGAUGUCAAACGCAAACUGGAAGCCCAGGAGCAGAAAUCAACGCAGCUUCAGCAGCAAAAGCUAGAUCUGGAGAAGGAAAUCGACUCGCUGCGGUCGUCCACUCUGGAUUCCAACUCGGAGCUUUCGAAGCUGGCGGAUGAAUUGAAAACCAAGCAGCGACAGCUGGAAGAACUGCAGGAUACCUUCAAUGGUAGCAAAAUUGACAUGGAGCGGCGCUUGGACGAGGCAAAUCAGACGAAUCAGGCGCUGAACGAGCAGAUCGAGCAGGUGAGAAGCGAGAUGCAGCAGGUUUCCAACCAGAAGAUAGAUCGCGAAAACGAGCUUAAUGUGGAGCUGGCCAAGAUCAAGGAGGCCGCCGAGGUUGAGAGGGAGAACUUGGUGCAGGAGAUCGCCGGGCUGAAGGCAAGCUUCGAUGAGGAGAGAAGUCGAUUGGUGCAGGAGAGUCAGGCGAGGGCGGAGGAGUUUGAGAAAGUGAAAGGGGAUUUGAGUGGAAAGGUUGCCAGCUUGGAGAAGUCGUUGAGUGAGUUGGAGAAGGAGUUGGCGAAGAACCGGGACAGUACUAUGAAAGAACGCGAGGAAACUGAAGCGCGAUUGAAGGAACAUGUGGAGAAGGAAACGACAUUGAAGCGGGAAUUCGAUAAACUUAAGCUGGAGGAAAGCUCUUUGCGGACAUCUCUCGCGGAUUUGCGACAAUCAAUGGAAAAGGGAAGUCACGAUGCUUCGGCGCAGCUGGAUACGAAGAACACCAGAAUUUCCGAGCUUGAGAAAGAAUUGCGAUCGCUUCAGGAGGAACUGUCGAGGAAACAAGAGCAAAUGGACGAUUCCACCAAGCAGUUGGAACGCAAUGCGGAGACUCAUUCUGAGCUGCUGAAACAACUGGAGCAGAAUCUGAAUCAGAUUCAGGAGUUUUCGGGUGAUAAGGUGAAGACGGAAGGUUCGUUAAAGGAGAUUAGCGACGAGUUGGCGACGUUAAAGGCGAAGUACGACGAGAUGGAAGAAGAGCAGGUUGACUUGGUUAGUAGAAAAGAAGGCUUAAAGGUGGAAGUGAAGCAACUGAAGGAAGCUUUGGAAAGUGCAGAGAAGGAAAAGAGUGAGUAUAGGUCGCAGCUGGAGAUAAUGAGAGAUGGCUCGACGAAAACCGAGGAAGAACUUAUAGAGAGUAAGGUGAAAUUUGAAGGAGAAAUCAGUCGUCUGAAUGGGUUGGUUGAAGAUAAGAGCAAAGUGAUAGAUGAGUUCAAGGCGAAGGUAGAGGAACUAACACCGUUGGUUAAACUGACGGAGGAACUCAGACAGGAAGUGUCAGCCAAGGAAACGCUCAUAGCAGCACAAAAAGAGGAAGCUGGAAAGCAGUUGAGCGACAUCGAGAGAUUGCACAAUGAAGUCAAGGAGAAAGACUCAAAUGUGCAUGAGAAAGACAGUACGCUUGAAGAGCUUCGCAAGGGAUUGGCGCAGAAGGAAGAUGAGAUCCGGCAGCUUGCAGAAAAGCUAGAAUCGACGGAGAAGUGCCUUACGGAAAAGAGCCAGCUGGGAGAGAAAACGGCAGCUACUGCUAGUGGAUUGAAAGAAGAGUUGCACAAAUCGAAAGCGACUGUCAAAGAGCAAGAAGACAAAAUGAAAGAGCAAAGCAGAACUAUCAAUGAGUUGGAAACAAAAUUGUCUGCUCAAAGUACACAGUUUGAAGAGCUUCUGAACAAGAAGAAGGUUUCCGAAACGGAGAGUUCGCACAAGCUUCAUGAGAUGAAUCAGAAGCUACUGGAACUGGAAAACGUCAAACAGCAAGAAAUUUCAGAUCUCAGUUCGAAAUUGGCAGACACAAUGAAUCGAUUCGAGACACAGAUGGCGGAAUCUGCCAAGACGGUUGGAAGCAUGCGAUCGGUCGAAAAGCGACAGCACGAGUUGGAAUGCGAAAAGAAGGAAAUGGAGCUACGAGAAACCGAGAUGCAAAUCACGAUGCGAAAGCUACAGAAAGAGGUUGAUCUACUGCGGUCGCAACUGCUAUCGAAGGACAAUGAAGUUCGGAAACUCUCGCAAGAGCUGGCGAAUGCCACCCCUAGCGCCCCUCUGAUAUCAACUACCGAUGGAGACGAGGAUUCCGAAGCACAGAUCAGUUUUCUCAAUUCGAUCAUCGCCGAUAUGCAGCGGAAGAACGACAAACUGACCCUGAGAAUCCAAGCCCUGGAGCAGACCAGCAUCGAGGGUCCCAACACGAGCUUCGAGUUUACCAAGCGGAAACCGGCGCCCAGGGUUUUCUGCGACAUUUGCGACGAAUUCGAUCUGCACGAAACCGAAGACUGCCCCAAGCAAUGUUCGGACAGUCCACCGGAAUCGCUCAAGCACCCGUCGGCGGAGCCGAGAGAACGGAAGAUCCCGCCGCCACGGAAGUACUGCGAGGGAUGUGAAGUCUUCGGCCACGAACUGGGCGAAUGCCCCGACGAUGAGACAUACUAGACCACACCAGGCCAGAUGAAUGCGCAUGUGCUUCGACAAAAGCAGCAGUGAACCCCCGAAUGCACCCUAAUUUACUACAUACCUACUCGUUCUCAAUCAGCAACAGCAGACUGUUGAUCUUAUUUGUCCAUCGUUUACUUUUUUACGUUGAUCGUAGUUUUUUUUUCAAGUUGAUGGUGUAAAGAAGACCAGUUGAAUGGUGUUCGUUAUUUUAGGCGAAAAGCUCCAAAGCUUUCUACAUACAAUUUACAAUAAAACCCACAAACUAUUUAUUUUAAUUUGUAGUGAAACUUUGUUCCGACAAGACUAGGAAGGCCAAAAUAGCAAAUCCAAGGAGAACAAUAAUGAUGAACAUAAUCAAAAAUGCACAGUGUUAGAUACGAGUUAAGCUACCAGUGCACACGAUCAAAUAUCUCCAAGGUUCUUUACCGGAGCCAAGUGAUGUCCUGAUGUCCUAAUUCAUAAAAAUCAUCACAAAACAACGUUUUUCAAUGAAGUCAUCAUUUCGUAACGAAAGUACCAGCGAUUAUCGUUCUUUUCAUUCUGUCCUCAUAUUUGUUACAAUUAAAAAUAGGUACCUACUAGUAUAGAACAUUAAUAGUUGUGUUUUAGAUAGGGAUCAAAUAGAAAUACUUUAAAAAUUACAAA